AUGAGUGAGACCAGCUCAAGUCGAAGGAGCGCGAGCAAAGACUCUGUUAAAUCUUACUUCACAGGAAAAUACAAUAAAGUGUUGGAUUCUAUACUGGAAGCAGAAGCAGCGAUAUCAAAAUCGCCAACAGUAGCGGAGGAUCUAUCAGAAAGCUCAGCCAGCGGAAAUUCUGAUAUGAGUCGUCCCUCGCUAACCGCUUCCUCGGCAACAAGCCAAGGAAUUAGCAAAAAGGAAUUACUUCAACAAAUUGCUGGUUCAUUGUUCAGCACGUCCAUUGAGCGGCUGAAGACUGCCCACUCACCGGAUAUAUCAGCUACUUCAGAAUAUUCAGCAAAUGCUUCGUAUGGAGAGCAGGAGUGUAAGGAGUGUGAUGGCUCCUUCAAGUGUUCUGCGCACUUUGAGCGGGCGGCUGAAUAUUAUGACGAUGAAACCGAAUCAGGGCCAGUUCUAGAGCCUUCAACUUCUAACAGUGAAAAAGAUCCUUUUAUCGAUGUAUUUUUAGAUAAGCUAAUUUCAAGGCUGGUCCCUGAAAAGCUGCCAGAAAGAGAGCACUUUAGUAGCAAAACUAGCAUUGAGCAUGAUUUGGACACAGGAAGGGUUCCCGUAUUUUCAGCAACUACAUUAGGUAGUAAUUUCAAGAAAUUGUCUAAGAAAAUGGGCUCAAUAUUUGAACUCCAGGACUCCAUAGUUCGACUGCUGACAUGGAGAAAUCCCACUGGGACGGUGACGUCAUUAAUAAUAUUCACUUUAAUAUGUUUCAAUCCAAUGUACUUGGUAAUUUUGCCUAUUUUCCGUUUCAUCUACGGUAUUGUAGUACCUGGCUAUGUACGUAAACACCCCCUUCAAAGGAGCAUAUAUCCUCUGAAACGGAAUCACGGGUCAUCAUUGUUAUACGAUGUAUGUUAUGAGGGAAAAAAUGAGUACAGCUACGGUCAACAGUUUUUCUCCAAAUCUUUUAUGGACACUUUGGAAUCAAGGAACCAAGAACUGGACGAAAUAUCCGAAUUAGACAAAAGACCUGAAAACACAGGGGAAUUAAAGCAAGGAAUGAAAGUACUGAUUAAUUUACGCGAUAUGCAAAAUAUGACCUCUGGUACCCUUCAUGUCAUCGAGGCAGUGAAUAAUUUUCUUCGUAAGUCUUCUAGUUUUCAAAACGAAGAGUGUUCUACUAAACGGUUUUUCGUAGGAUUUCUUUCAAUCGUUUUCCUAAAAAUAUUAUCACCGUUUGUGAAUUGGAGCUAUGCAUGUAGCAUAUCCGCCUGGUGUCUGUUGAUAUACAUGCAUCCAAGAGCUCACCCAAAGAUAAUAAAAAUUUUCAAAACGGGAAAGAUAGGAAAAGGAUACAAAGACUUGAAAAAGAAAGAAAAUCAGGCACAUAACUUGGUAUUCGAUGAAGAACCGGAGAUCAAAUACAUCGAGAUUUUUGAAAUAUAUAGAAAGGGCUUACUGCCAAACGACUGGAAGUUUUUCCGAUUUUCAAGCAGAACUUUCGAUCCUCAAGACCCAUAUAGGAGGGCACAACAAUUCCCACCAGGAGUAGAUUCUUUGGCUGACGUCAUUCCCCCCACAGGCUGGUCAUUUGAUCCUAAUUUUGAGUGGAAAAUUGACAAUGAUGUGGAUAGGUGGGUAAUAGAACGUGGUCUAAAUCUGCCAAUUACCGGCGAAUUUUUAUUUGACCCAAUGUUCAAAAGGAGAAGACUGUUACAUCGUGUUAUUAAGAACGCAACAUCGAUAGCAUAG